AUGGCUGCCGAAACAACCCCCACUCUCCACUACUUUGAUCUUGGUACAAUGGGCCGUGGUGAAGUCAUACGUCUAUUCUUACGCGAUGCUGGUAUUGAGUUUAAGGAUAUUCGACACUCAUAUGGGACAUGGUCUACUGAGAGUGACAAGUUUAAAGAGCAGGGUAUCACCCGGACCGGCAAGUUGCCGGCUCUCAUCAUCAAUGACACCAUUUUAAAUCAACAUGUUCCCAUUUUGCGAUAUCUGGCUCGGGACACCGGCCGCUAUGACGGCGAGACAAACCAUGAGAAGUUUCAGGUAGAUGCUGUUGCUGACAAUUAUAUCGACUGGAGGGCCCAAUGGGUAGCAAAUAUUGGGAAUGUUUCAGACGAAUACAAGAAUAAAUUUCUUCCGAAUUAUUAUGCGGCCGUCGCAAAGUACUACUCGGAAAACAAAGGCCCCUAUCUCCUUGGCGAUAAAAUAACUUAUGCCGACUUUGCUGUCUACCAAUCAAUUGACAACGAUGAGCGAAUUGGAGCUUUGCCAGCCGAACUGCCUGCGGAGAUUGUUAAACUCCGAGAAGCUAUUGAAGCGCGACCAAAUAUUGCAGCUUAUGUCGAAGGAAACCGCAAGAAGGCAUAA